GAUAGAAGAAGUAGAAGUUGCGGUGGAACAGGUUCUGGUUUCUUUCUCGUUUUUUAUUCGUUUAUUUAUUCUCUUCUCCUUCUAUUCUGAGCACUCAGCUUUUGGAGCAGCAAUGACGGCUUCCGUGACGCUGAACACCGGAGCGCUGAUGCCCAUUUUGGGUUUGGGAACGUGGAAGUCUCCUCCUGGUCAGGUUAAAGAUGCAGUGAAAACAGCCAUUCGAGUUGGCUACAGGCACAUCGACGGGGCGUACGUGUACCUGAAUGAGAGCGAGGUGGGUGAGGGCAUCAAUGACAUGAUCAACGAGGGCGUGGUCAAGAGAGAGGAUCUGUUUGUCGUGAGCAAGCUUUGGUGCACGUUCUGUCAGAAGCCUUUAGUGAAGUCUGCCUGUGAGAAGACUCUCAGUGAUCUUAAGUUGGACUAUCUUGACCUCUAUCUAAUACACUGGCCUGUUGGGUUGAAGCCUGGUAGUGACCUGUUUCCCAUGGAUGAAGAAGGAUGUGGAAUUGCUGAUGAUUCAACCUUUUUGGAGACAUGGGAGGGCAUGGAAGAGCUGGUGGACGCUGGUUUGGUCAAAGCCAUCGGCGUGUCCAACUUCAACCACGAGCAGAUUGAGGCAAUUCUCAACAAACCAGACCUCAAAUACAAACCUGUCAACAACCAGGUGGAGAGUCACCCAUACCUGACGCAGGAGAAGCUAAUCAACUACUGUAACUCCAAGGGCAUCACUGUGACCGCUUACAGCCCUCUGGGCUCCCCGGACAGGCCCUGGGCUAAACCAGAGGAACCUUGUCUUCUUGAGGACCCUGCAGUCAAAGCCAUUGCUGAUAAACACAAUAAAACCUCUGCCCAGGUGUUGAUUCGCUUCCAAAUCCAGAGGAAUGUGAUUGUGAUCCCAAAGUCGGUCACCCCUCAUCGCAUUGAGGAGAACUUCAAGGUGUUUGACUUUGAACUGACUGAGGAUGAAAUGAAAACCAUUUCAGGAUUCAACAAAAACUGGAGAGUCUGCCCCAUGACGAUGACCAAGAAUCACAAGGACUACCCAUUUAAUGCAGACUUCUGAUUAUUAAAUGUGAUUACUUGUAAUUUAUUCUUUAGAGCAGUUUGUGAGGUAACGUGAACAGUUAAGAACGUACCUGGAAGUCAUCUGGAAGUUGAUGUUUUGCCUGAGCACUUAAGUCCCUUUCACACCGAGGCCAACGUAGAGUUGCUUAUUGCAGCGUACCAUCUACACCAAGUUAUGCAGCUCUACACUGAGUUUUUGCUCCCCUACGCGGCAGCAUGCUAAGGGGUACGCGAGGCGGAUGCAAGAAAUUAAACCUGUUUAAUUUUUUCUGCAUAGAGCACUGGAUGCAGAAAGCAUGCAGUUCUUAUGCAGGUCUGCGCACAACUCCGCUACUGUUUGCAAAUCUACACAACACUGCGCAAUUGUGUACAUUCAGAAACUGUGUGUGUGUGUGUGUGUGUGUGUGUGUGUGUGUGUGUGUGUGUGUGUGUGGCUGGCUGCGUGAUCCACACAGUGCCUGGACAUGUUUCCAACAGGAGGUCAAACUGGUGUAUGUGUGCGUGCUCAGAACAGGUAAUUUAACCUGCACGCGAGUGUGUGGUGAAAUGAUCCACGCCUGUGCAUGCUAAAAACAGCUGAUCGAACUGACUGAACGAGCCAUUGCGUGUGCAUGAGCCAAUUAAUGAACAGAAGCAGCAGGUCCUGAAAAAAGAGCAGACAGAGGCAG